AGUUUGCGAUUUUGUGACCAACUUGGGAUUACUUGGUCAUAGGAUUGUUGCGCAUCUGUCACCUGUCACUCAUUCAAAAAUUCGAAAUUGAGGUUAACUCCAAGAGUAGGGUGUAAGUUAUAAUUGGAAUGGUGUGAGGUGGCUCAGUCGAAUCUCAGCCUCUCUCUCGUGCAAGUGUACUAAAUCGUGAUGGGUUCGUGGCCCGAAGACGUGGGGAUCCAUGCCCUAGAACUCUACUUCCCGUCGCAAUACGUCGACCAAACCGACCUGGAGACCCACGAUGGGGCCUCAGCCGGUAAAUACACCAUAGGACUCGGCCAAGAAAAAAUGGGGUUCUGUACCGACCGCGAAGACAUCAACUCGCUAUGUCUCACAGUGGUGAAACGCCUCCUGGAGAAGUACUCCGUGGAUUAUGGGGCUAUAGGGCGUCUCGAGGUGGGCACCGAGACCAUCAUCGACAAGUCCAAGAGUGUAAAGACAGUCCUGAUGCAACUGUUCGAGCCCCAUGGAGUCACCGACAUCGAGGGCAUCGACACGACAAAUGCGUGCUAUGGGGGCACGGCAGCCCUCUUCAACGCCAUUUCGUGGGUGGAGUCGUCGGCGUGGAACGGGCGCUACGCCCUAGUCGUCUGUGGGGACAUUGCGGUGUAUGCCAAAGGCUCGGCGCGGCCGACGGGGGGCGCCGGCGCUGUGGCAAUGCUAGUGGGGCCCAAUGCCCCCCUUGUCUUCGAUCGGGGGGUACGUGCGACCUACGUCAAGCACGCCUAUGAUUUCUACAAACCUGAUCUGACCUCAGAGUACCCCACUGUUGAUGGUAAACUAUCAAUUCAGUGCUAUUUAAGCGCUUUGGAUAAUUGCUACCAACUUUACGCCAAGAAUUACACCAAAAAACACAAGUCAGUGUUUGAUUUAGGGUGUUUUGAUGCGGUUUUGUUUCAUUCGCCGUAUUGUAAAUUGGUGCAAAAGUCCCUAGCGAGACUUGCGUUGAACGAUUUUCUUGCAAGUGUGCCAACUGAGCGAAAAAAUAAAUUCCCAAACUUGGAUAACUUCAAUGAGGUUAAAUUAACCGAGAGUUAUUUUGAUCGUGACGUCGAGAAGGCUUUUCUCAACUUUACUAAAGACACUUUUGAGGUUAAAACCAAGCCUUCUUUGUUGGUAGCGAGUCAAGUUGGUAAUAUGUACACCCCCUCGUUGUACGGGGGGCUUGUCUCGCUUUUAUUGAAUAAGACAGUCUCAGAAUUGGCGGGGUGCAAAAUCGGGCUGUUUUCGUACGGUUCGGGGCUGGCAGCCUCCUUGUUUUCCAUCACAGUGUCGAAAGACAGUCGCGAGGGGGGCCCUUUGGCGAAACUGGUGAAAAAUGUCCAAUUGAUUAAGCCCCUUUUGGGCCAAAGACACAAAGUCGCCCCCGAGAAAUUCGAGGCUUAUCUCGAAUUAAGGGAGAAGAAUUGUCAUAAAGCCCCCUAUGAGCCUUCAGGGGGGGUUGAAAACUUGUUCCCAGGGACGUAUUAUCUCACAAGGAUCGAUGAGUUACAUCGGAGGUUCUAUGAGAGGAUUCCGGUGGCCACCAAUGGACAUAUUUAGUAUUUUUGAGGUUAUAAAAAACAAGCUCAAAUUUUCCAAGUGCCUCUAGAUUAGCGAAUAGGGGGGCCCGGUCAAGGCAAUCACUUUUUAGAUAUUUUAUUGUGAAAUAAGGAGGAAUUUCUAAUGUUUUUGUUAUUUAUUCAAAUAUUUAUUUAUUGCCGGUGGAUAAGUGACAAACUUUUGUUGAUAUUUAUUUACGAUCAAUGGUGUUGUUGGAUUUUAUUAAUUAAACCUGUAGACAAGCAA